AAAAAAAGCAAAUUAAAAUGAUGACGUGGAGUCGUGGGAAGCAUUAUUAUUCCCUCACUUCGUUUUAGUCGCCGACUGGUCAGACUUCCAAUCAGUCUCUUGACUCUUCACUAUCCAAGCUCCAAUACCACUACCAUCAUCAUCAUAUAAAAAAGCACAGAAAAAUAUUUGAAGGGUUGGGUUAACUUUUGUUCUUCUUUCUCGCCUGCUCGAAUCUAGCAAUGAAACCAUUGGGGAAGACGAGUCUUGGGACAGAGGAUGAUGUGGAUCUGAACUCGGUGAUUAAGGUUUCACAGGAGUUGAUCAAUAAGAUGGAAGCUAAAGCGAAUUCGUUGUUGGAAAAGGAAGAAUCAUAUCUUUGUUUGGAGCAAAAACUUGUUGACCAGGAGAAAGAGAUGACGAUGUUCUUCGAGAAAAAGCUGGAAGAAUUGGAAAUGAGAAAAGAGGAAGUGGGUUCAAUUUUGAAGGAAUUUUUGGCCAGGGAAGAGAAAUUGAACGAACAAAAGGAGUUGAUUGCUGGGCUUUUUGAGAGGUUUGGGUCCGAAGAGAAAAAGGUGCAGGAAAUGUUGGGGAAAAGGGCUAGGGAUCUUGAUGAGAAGGAGGAGGAAUUGAAGGUACUGGCAAAGCAAAUUGAGCUCAAGGGAAAACUCUUGGAAUUGAAGGAGAAGAAGCUUGAGGAAGAAUUCAAAAUCAGGGAAGAGAUCAUGGAACUGAGUGAGAAGAAGAGGAGGAAAAAAGGCUGAUUCUGCAGGGAAUUCUGAUGCUGUUGUGAUGAAUGGUGAAGUUAGUAAACUGAACUGAACCAUUGCUUCAACAUCCUGUAAAAGAAAAAGGGGUCUCUUAAGGUUAACAACUUGCAAUCCGUGAUGUCUUAACUGGCUUCAUUGCAUUCUGUUAGUUCAGAAUUUCUCCGUCCUAAGCUUUUGUUCUGAUGUAGAUAUUGCUGAUGAUAUUUUAAUUUUAGACAAGUUAAAGUUGGUGAUGCCAUAUUUUUGUCUCCUAUUAUUGUGUUUGAAAGCAUAUCCGUAGAAAUAUAUCUGUCAAAAGCAUGCCUCUUGAAUGUAUAUUGUAUAGUGUAUGAGUUAUUGUUUGUCUUCUAGAAGCUAAAGAGAUCAGAUGUCGUAUGUUAGAGUUUUGAUAGUAGCUAGGUUGUUGAGGAUGUCGGUCGGUAUGAAAAUAAGAAACCUGCAUGCAAAAGAAGUCUUCUUGUGUAGCAAAGAUAUAAAUUUGUCAGCUAAAACCACUUCCAAGUCUGAGUUGAAAGGGUGAUCAAAGAUGAAUUUUGGGUGUUAGCCAACUUCAGUUUAAAAUAGGUGCAAAAAUGUUUGUUUAAUCGAAAACUAAAUGAUUGGGCUGUCUCACUAUGGUGGUCUUCAUCAUUGUUGAUUCAGUUGGUUAUGAUUUGGAAAGAAAGAACGAGAUAGAAUGAAAUCUCUUUUGGUUCAGUUCACAUCCUCAGUUUUCCUUUCAGUUAACUACCAAGCGUUAGCUUAUGUAAAACUAACCCUUAAUGUACUUUAGAGUAAUUUGGUUGGUUUUCUUCAAAUUGAAGAAGUGUACAUGAUCUCCGAAAUUCCUGCACCAUUAGAAGAAAUUAAGAACAUAUGUUCCCGAAUUCCUACUGCUCUGUUGUGCCUAUGGCAAAUUUCAAACUCUUCAUACCAUUGGAAAAUGUUUUCAUCUGUUGGCAAUGCUUUGUGAAGUGCAUUUUUUCAUGCGAAUAUGUUCUGCCACAUAUUGCUCGUUUCUCCAUUGUCAUCAGGUGUUUUAGGUCAGCAAAGCUUGAGGUUUCGGGACCUCAACAUAUCUGAAAAGUUUGCAUCUUCUUCCCUGCAGGGCCAUUAGCUACUAAGAAAUCGAACUUCUGUAACAUUGUUGUAGCUUUUGCCGUAAUUGCUUACCUUUUUAUCGGACUUUUUACUUAUUUUGAACAAGGUUGAAGUUCUCAGGAAUCUCCUUAAUUUGCAUUACCCGGAAAAUUGAAAGAGCAUAACAGAUAUGGUUAUGGUCAACGGAGUAAAGGGUCGAAAAGUGAACUAAACUGGAGGGAAUCUGCAUUGCAGUCCUCUAUAUGACACUAAAUACUCCAUCCUUCCUUCUCAUUUUGAUAUUUGCUCUUUCUUUAACUAAAGAUAAUUGGAUCCCUAGGUUAAGGAACUGCCAGGACAAAUUGAUUUGGGCUGAAAAAGAACAUGGCAAUUAUACGGGGAGGUUUUGAUAAAAAAAAGUUUCCAUAUAAAAAAUAAACAACAACUUGGGGGCUGGGAACUUUACGCCUAUGUUACCCGGACUCUUCUAUUUGGGGAGAAUACCCGUGUCGUUUCGUGUCAACACUGGUGUGGGUAUGAGUGUCGGGUGUGGCAUUUUAGCCUAAAAUGUUUAAGAUUUUUAAAAUAUUGACGAG